CGUUUUAGCAGUUCAGAUUUUAGAAAUAAAUCUCUGAUUUAAAAUUUUAUAAAUUUUCUCACAGAAUCGCAAUUUUAGUCAAAGAUUCUCUCAUUUGAUUGCGUUUCAAUGAUUCCAAUGAUUUCUAGAAAUUUUGAAUUUUUGCGCUUCACAAAAUAGGCUUGUUCGUGUUGCUGCCCUUUUUGAAUUAAUUUCUUUGUCGUCUCUCUCUUUCUUACGAUCGAAUAUAUAUUUAUCUCAUCUCGAGUGCAAAAAUUUUUGGAGAUUUCAAGCAACUAGAACAAACCUCGACGAAUAUCUCGACGAAUUGCCAACAUUCGGGAAUUUAUCGAAUUUUAAGGUUGGUAAUUUUAGUCAACCCGUCAUUACGCUAAUUUUGAUUCUGUUCGACACAGUUCGACACGUUGUUUCGCGCCUUCGGACGAGUGCUGUCGUUAAAUUGAUAUGUAUUAAAACAAAAUGUAUCGGAAUAGACCUGUGAAGGGAUUCGUAUCUCCUUUUACCGUUCAAUCGCAAGUGAGCACCGAGAAACGCGAGAAAAACGAAAACAAAUCCGCGUGUCGAGAAGAGCUACCGAAUGAUUUGGUAGAGAAACCUUUCCGAAGCAACUCGCAAAUUUUGAAUUUUUUCGAGAAAGUGACUCAAGAAAGUGAGGUCGACUGCGAUGACGGCCAAGUGGAUGAUCCAGAUGAUCCAUCGAAGAAGCAGGAAGCUAAUUCUCCGAUAUGCAAGAGAAAAUUGGUUGUUGAUUCGCCCCAAACAACAGCAAAAAUCGUUUUCAACGUGAUGUACGGGAAGAUAACUUCUAAGAAACAUAAAACGUGGGAUGAUGAUGGUUUACUAGAAGUGAUUGGAAAAAGUGCGAUUCUUAAGAAUUUGGAUGGUAAUGUUAUUGGAAGAAGUAUCAUCAACCCAACUAAAAUAAUAGAAGGUUCUACGUUAAUUAUAGCAAAUAAACAAAUUGAGAUUUUAAAUCAGGCAUCACAAGAGGUAUUUGUAUCAGAAAAGAAUCUUGAAGAACCAGUAGAGGAGUUGUCAAGAAAAAAGUUUAAAGUAUCCAAUACAAAUGCAUUUGUACCUUUAUCUUUAUCAAAAGGAUUAGCAUUAAAUAGCGAGCCUAUAGUGAUGCCAUAUUUGAAUUCUACUGAAUGGAUGGACCAAGAAGAGCAGGAAGUCUCGGUUGAUCCUUGUCUAGUGGCAAAGCUUAGAGAACAUCAACGCUAUGGGGUUGUAUUUCUUUAUGAAUGUUUAAUGGGACUAAGAGUACCAGAUUAUUUUGGUGCAAUUUUGGCUGAUGAAAUGGGCCUUGGCAAAACUUUACAAUGUAUUGCAUUAAUUUGGACAAUGUUGAAAAAGGGUCCAUAUGGCAAACCAAUUGUAAAACGUGUGUUAAUAAUAACACCUAGUAGUUUGUGCAACAAUUGGGAGAAAGAAUUCGUGAAAUGGUUGGGUAGCCACAGAAUAUUUCCAUAUGUUGUGGGUGCAAAAACUAAACCCAAAGAUUUUAUCAAAUAUCCAAAGAAUUCAGUAAUGAUUAUUAGCUAUGAAAUGUUCAUUAAAUGUCAUAUGGAGAUUAAUGAAAUCGUUUUUGAUUUGAUUGUGUGUGAUGAAGGCCACAGACUGAAAAAUAACAAUGUAAAAGCAGCAAAGCUGUUAUACGAGGCGAAUUGUAAGAAACGAAUUAUUUUAACGGGUACUCCUAUACAGAAUGAUUUAAAAGAAUUUUAUGCAUUAAUUGAUUUUAUUAAUCCUGGCAUACUUGGCACUGCUACUGAAUAUAAGAAUUAUUACGAAGAACCUAUUGUUGCAUCUCAGUGUCCUCAUGCCAAUGACGAUGUUCUUAGUCUAGGAAAGGAAAGAUCCACAGAAUUAUAUGAACGCACUAAAUCUUUCAUUCUAAGACGUACACAAAGUACGAUAAAUAAAUAUUUGCCACAUAAAUAUGAAAUAGUUCUGUUUUGCUCUUUAUCCAAGAAACAAAAAGAUCUAUAUUCUCUUGUUACCGAUGCUUGGUUUAACAAAAUUUGUCUAGAAGAUAAAAAUAGUAUGCAUUUUUCUAUUAUUAUUGCUCUUAAAAAAAUUUGCAACCAUCCAAAUCUGUUCAUAAAUGAAAAAGAGAAUGUGCUAUAUAAUGCUUUAUCAAAAACAUGUAUGUCACAAAUAAAACAGGACAACAACUUUAAUGAGUAUUGUGGAAAAGUCACAAUUCUACAGACACUGUUGAGAAAUUUGAAAAAGACUGACGAAAAGCUGGUGUUAGUCUCUUAUUACACACAGACGCUUGAUCUUCUCGAGAUUAUAUGCGACAUGGAAAAAUUAAAAUUUUUAAGAUUAGAUGGUUCUACUCCAUCCUCUGUUCGAUUGAAGAUUACUGAGCAAUUUAAUACACGAACUGAUAAUAGUAAAGUUCUUUUGCUAAGUGCAAAGGCAGGUGGUGUUGGUUUGAAUUUACCUGGAGCAUCUAGGCUUGUAUUAUUUGAUUCUGAUUGGAAUCCUGCCUCUGAUAUGCAAGCAAUGGCAAGAAUUUGGAGAGAUGGACAGAAAAGGAAUGUUUACAUUUAUAGAUUAUUGACAACAGGUACAAUAGAAGAGAAAAUAUAUCAAAGACAAAUUAGCAAAGCCAAUCUGAGUGAGUCUGUGGUGGACCUAAAUCACCUUGGAUCUCUAAAGUUAUCAACUGCAGAAUUAAAGGAUUUAUUUACAUUGGCAAACGAUACAAUUUCAUUAACACAUGAUUUAAUGAACUGCCCUUGUUCUGGUCAGAAUGAACAUUUACCUUCUGAAAAGUUAAGAGAGAAAGAGCAGACACGAGACUGUCAGUUUACAUUGACUGAGAAAUCAUCUCAAAAAAAUUUAACCAUAAAUCAGCUUCAAGGUUGGCAACAUUAUAAGCAACCAAUUCCAUCAGACAUUAUGCAGGACAUUAUGUUAACAGAAAGAAGUGAUAAUAUAACAUUUAUAUUUAAAAAUUCUAUAAUGCAAAAAGCUAAUUAAAUCAUAAUAAAUGGAAUGACAAUUAUAUAAAUCAUGUUGUAAAAGUUUUGUUAUAAAAUUAUAUAUUUUGUACAAAAUUUAUAUUGUGAAUACACUUUAAGAUAUUAAAUCCAUUAUUUGCAGUUUAUUAAAAAGAUAUCAAUUUUUCCAAUUAUUUUAAAGCUUAUUUUUUCGUGACAAAAAAUUCAUCAUUCUUUCGAUUAGAUCAGGAGACUCAAAUCGUUUUUGUAC